AUGAACACCAACUUCACUGGAUCGACCAGAAAGCGCCAGGUCAACCUCGGCAACAGGAGUUUGUUUGCAAAGAACAAACAAUCCUUUUUGCAGACUACCCAGCUCGAGCGCCAGCGCCGUGAGAGGGCCCGCAUAGAGGCACGGGCCGCAACUACGAUCCAGUCGCUUGCACGCACGUAUCUCGACCUCCAGCACGCGCGACGCAAGCUGGGUGCCAAUUGGGACGGUAUCAAUGUGGCAGAGUUCAACUUUUUCUGGCCCGAGCUCGCCGGCACCCGUGAUCACACCUACCUCGAUAGACUCGAGCACAUUGUCCAGACGCAACAGCUGUCUGCCUCGACGGCCUCCAAGACGGCUCGGACGCUGAUUGAGACGAUUCCGCGGUCGCCAGACACUGAAAUCGCAAAGAAAUCCCUUCAAGUGGUCCUUCUUCUCGCCCAGAAGUACCCUGUGUCCGCCGACUGGAACCCGCUCGUGAAAUACCUGCUUACCGUAUACGCCAAGGACCCGCUGUUUUUGGCGACCGUCUUUGAGCUCUCGAGCUAUGCUAGUGAGGGAAUUUUGCGGUUCCUCACCGCCCCACAGCCGGAGUUUGUGGACUUCGCAUUGUCGCACAACUACGCUCUUUUGCGGCGGUCGAUCGAACUGCAAUUUGAGUGGAUCUGCGCCCACAGACCGUUGUUUGAAAACCUCACAGAUACAGAGAAAUUCCACUACUUGGUGAACGUGGUCACCAUUUUAUCGCAUAGCUCCAUCGCCAUCACCAAGUCGUCACUCGAGGCUUUCUCCAUUAUUAUAGGUGGAAUUUCGGCCAAACUGCAGUUCGAGGACGAGGCGAGCGGCCAAGAGAUUUUUGUUCUGCCCGAGGAACGCAAACAGAUUGAAAAACUGUAUGCCUCAGACUUCACCAAGUCGGUGAUUAGACAGUGCGAGGUCUUGCAGGUCGAAACUGAUCUGUUUGUCUCGUUCUUCUUUGCAUUGCUCCAUCUUGUGUCUGCCAAAGGCAGCGUGAACCAGCUGUUGAGGAACGAACUACUGGUGAACCUUAUAGUGGCAUCGUCCUCUAUGGACUUUAUGAACCAGUUUUUCAUGAACCUCAGCAAUGAACACUUAUUCGCUCAGGUCUUUGUUCUGGCAGAGGAGAGAGCACAUAUUUCCAACGAUGGCGAGCUUAGACAAACUUUGCUGGACCCACAGAAAGAGAUGUGGUGGAAAACAUUGUUUCUUUUGGAAGAGCUUUACGGUUACUUGCUUUGCGUGUCCAACGAUGCCGAUCUGUUCAACCCGGGAAGACUCGACAAGGAGAACUAUCUUUAUUUCGUGAGGUUCCUUCGCUCUUUUUCUAUUUUUUAUGUCGUGGGACGGCGUAUUGUGCAAUAUGCGGAUCUUUCUGUGUCGGAAGCCAGAAUACUCACAUUUUACAAGAACAUCGGCCUCUCAACGCUGAAACUCCUGAAGCAGAUUUAUCUCCGCGACCUUCGAAUGAACCUCACAGACGAAGACUUCUGGCUGCUCAAAGACCCUGUGUUUUCGAUGCGCAACGUUUCCAAACUUGUUCCAUUGCUUGAGAUGGACGACGACGAAGACGAGGCUGGAGAGGAAGACGGAGAAUUGUACCUUCCGGCAAGCGUUCUGCAAGCCUCAAAUACUCAACUACAGGACAACCUUCUCAUCCUCAUAUACCUCCCAUUCAUGAUACCUUUCGACACUCGAGCCGAGCUGUUCCGACAGCUGAUUGAAAAAGACAAGUCUCAGAUCACAGGAAUCUUCAACCCAAAGAUACAAGGUGUUGUUUCACGAGAGAAUGUUCUCUUCGAUGCGUUUGAGCAAUUUGGAGAGCUGCGCGGGCAGCAGUUCAAACUACCCUUAUCAGUGGAGUUUAUCAACCAGUUUGGAGAAAAAGAGGCAGGGAUUGAUGGGGGCGGACUCACCAAAGAGUUGCUCACCAGCAUUGUGGACAGCGCAUUUUACGUUUCCAACUCCAAUGCAGACAAGAAUGGCGGGAUGAGGUUCUUUAAUGCGACGUCCAACUUCCAGCUGUAUCCCAACCCUGAUUACUUCUUGAAGUUGAAGCUACAGCAGCAAAAUCCUUCCUAUGACUUUAACUCGGAGGAGAAAACGUUUCAUCUACAGAUGCUCAGAUUUUUGGGAAUGGUGAUCGGUAAGUGUCUCUACGAGAACGUGUUGACAGAUAUUCAGUUUGCCCCCUUUUUCCUUAGUCGAUGGACCAACACGCCCUCAUUCCAACAGAGAAUUUCGUUUGACGAUCUCAAGACUUACGAUACAGAGCUGCAUGGAAACCUCUCCAAGCUACUGAAACUAACAGAGCAUGAAAUCGACGAGUUGGACCUGAACUUUACCAUCAGCGAAAAGUUGCAGGAUUCCUCAGAGGUUGUCACCAUUGAGCUACUUCCUGGCGGACGAAAGAUGAAGGUGAACCAUCAUAACAAGCUGCAGUACGUGUACUGCGUGGCCAAGUUCAAGAUGGACCAGUCGAUUGCCAUCCAAUCGAAGUACUUCAUAGAAGGACUGUCUCAGAUCAUUAAGCCCAAAUGGCUUUCAUUCUUCAACGCGUAUGAGCUGGCCAAGUUAAUCUCGGGCGGAGAGAAAGAGAUUGAUAUUGAGGAUCUGCGCCGCAACACCGCACUGGGUGGCUACACAAUGCGCGAUCAGACCAUUGUAGACCUCUUUGAGCUUCUCGAAGAGUUUGACAACGACUUGCGGUCAAGGUUUCUCAAGUUUGUCACCUCCAGCUCGCGCGAACCACUGCUGGGCUUCAAGGAGCUCAAUCCGAAAUUCGGAAUCCGCAACUCGGGAACAGACAUUUCAAGACUGCCUACGGCAUCUACGUGCGUGAAUCUCCUCAAACUGCCCGACUACAGGAACAAAAAGCUAUUGAAGGAAAAACUACUGUAUUCCAUCAACUCGCACGCAGGUUUCGAUCUUUCCUAG